UAUUCUACAAAAUAUUAAAAUGGCGUCUGUAUUGGAACAACAUAACACGAGGUCACUGAACGAAAAAAGAGGGAAGCGAACAAGAAAAAAAAAGUUAGCGCAACCUAACGAAAAAAAAGAUGGAGAAAUCUCCCCUGAAUUAGUUGCUGUGCGCUGUAAUAAAUUAGGUGUUGGUUUGGCACCUGUAAUAUCUAAAGACUCGAAACAUGUCAUAUGUGCUUGUGGUAAGAUUGUGGCUAUAUAUAGAAGAAAAACAGGUCUACUCGAGAACACUUUUGAUGGACAUCAAACACCAAUUAAUAGUCUUUUUUUAAACGAAGCUGACCCUUUGCAGGUUAUAUCAUGCAGUGAACGUGAGAUGAUAAUAUGGGAUUACAAUGACUUGACCAUUGCAAAGAAAUAUCAUUUACGUGUGGCAAGUUCAGGUUGUUUCCAAUCUUCUCUGAAACCCAAUUUUGUGUUUUGCAAAACACAAGAUGACAGCAAUAAAAAACAGGCAGUUCUCAUGCAAUGUUCGUUAAAAAAGCCUUACACAACCACCAAAAUGGGUCCUGUCUCAAAGAAUAACAAAUCUGCGGUGGUCAGUCUUAAUGGAAGGUAUAUUGCAUUUAUUUUCAAGGAAAAACUUUCAGUAUAUUCAAUUAGCAAAGAAGAAUGUUUUGUACACAAUUAUGAUGACGUGCAUCUCGCUUGUGUUGCAUUUCACCCAAAUCCAAAGCAUGUUGCUACUGGCGAUAUGAAUGGAAAGAUUAUUGUUUGGUACAAUGUGUGUAGACCGACAAAGCAAGUGCAGUCUGUGCUACUCCACUGGCAUAACUCGCCUGUUAACGACUUAUUGUUUACGAAUGAUGCUAAUUAUUUGAUGUCGGGUGGAACUGAAGGAGUACUAGUUAUCUGGCAACUUGAAACACAACAUAAAACAUUUGUACCUCGAAUUGGUGGAGCUAUUAAUGAUAUAUUUCAAUCCAGUGACAGCAUGUUUGUUGGAGUUACUCUUGAUUGCAACAUGAUAAAAAUACUUUCAGCUGUUGACACAAAGCUUACUAAGACAAUAAAGUUUUUAUCAGAAGCUGAUGAUUUGAGUGCCGGCCUAACCUAUGACCCAAAGUCAGAAUGUGUUGUCACCAAUGAUAAAGCCAGUGGGGUGUUACAGUUUUAUCAACCUGCCCAAGAUAUAGUUAAACUAAAUCUGGAUGUAGUUGGUGAAAAUUUAAUUUCAUCAGUUCAAGAAAGACUUGUUUACCCAACAAGAGUUCGGCAUGUAGCAUUUAGUGAUGAUGGAAUCUGGAUGGCUACUGUCGAUGUCAGAGAAGAUCGUAUACUUCCCGUUGAAAGAAAAUUAAAAUUCUGGAAAUAUUCGGAAAAGGAGAAAAGUUACACGUUAAAUACUUUGGUGAACCCACCCCAUGAAGACGAAGUGUAUUCAGCAGUAUUUCGUCCCUUGAAUAAAACAUCAAAGUACAGUCACAUGGUUGCGACCACCAGUAAAGAUGGCUACAUAAAAACAUGGGUGCUUCAAGUUGGGAAAGAUUCUCAAGACAAACCAGUUGAAACAUGGCAGCUUCAUUCACUGGGAAGCUAUGACAAAGAAAGUUGCAAACAAGCUUGUUUUUCCAGUGAUGGUUCUUUGUUGGCUGUUCUUUUUUCAGAGGUAACUUUGUGGGAUCCUGAGACACUUGCAUUGCAAACCAAUUUGGCUUGGAAUCUACCACAUGAGAAUAUCAAAGCCAUCAGUUUUGGCUGUCACGACUCGUCUCAGUUCCUGAUUGGCUACUCUGUUAACUAUUUGAUUGUAUGGGACAUAAAGACAUGUUCUGUCAAAUGGCAAAUGGAAGCCGAUGUACAGCUACUAGCUGUAGAUCCUUACAGUAAAUAUUUCGCAACCUGUAUUAGGUUUGAAGGUGACCACAAAACACACGUUUAUGUGUUCAACCCAGCCUCUCCAUCACCAGCUGCGCUCUUCUACAAAAUCAAUAAACAUUUUGACGUGCCUAAAGCUGCCAUCUUUACACCAAGAAAGAAGCCGUUAAACUUCAAAAACGUUUGGGAAGAGAUGGGACAUUUUUAUAUUUUAACUAAUAGUACGGAAAUAAUAACCAUCAAAGAACGUAGAGAGAUCGAAGAUGAAAAGAAUAAAAAGAAAAUUGAUGUAGAUGAUUCUCAAACGUCUAAUUUCGAAGAUAUAUUUGGAGUCACUUCUAAGGGUAAACAAAGCAUAAAGAGUUCAACGCCUGACAUACCUCUUGGUAAUCCAUCUUCAGUUGUCUUAAGAAAGAUGAUGUCCACACCAGCUCAUGUUUUACCUUCAGUCGAUGUGUUGUGUAAAACUUUGAUGAAAUCACUGCUAAUUCAGACACCAAAAGCUAAGAGCGGGAAAAAAGAAGAGAAAAGGGAAAACGAUGAAGAUAGUGAUGAUCAAAUGGAAGGCGACCUUUUAUUAACGCAUCUGUGGCUACUGCUUGCAGCGUAUGCUGAAUUUCCAAAAAUGGAAAAUGGCGUUGCAGCCAGAAAGAAAUUCUAUUGCGCACGCGCAGAUACUAAGCGCUGCAGCUUGGACCAAAAACGCAAUAAUGGAAAGCCUUUGGGUAUCUCUGAAAGUUUUUAACAAGCGACAGUGACGUUGAAGUGACGAAUGACGAACGUCAAGUGGCAGUAUCUGGUGAUAAAAAUGACGACGAUGUCGAUAACGACGAUGAGAAAGAUGUUCAUUUUCAGUUGCCAGAUUAUAAUUUUGAUUUUUUAGAAUAAUUGAAUUAUUUUUUUAAAUAUGAUUGUCUUUUAGACUUAUAAA